AUGGUCCGCGAUAAAAAGCUGGCCCCGAAUGAGAAUAUGGCCUCGGUCAUACAGAAGAAUUUGCGUUUGACAGCGUCCACACCUCUUCCUGCUUCCUCGUCAAAACGACAGUUAGCGAGGAGAUUCGGCGAAGGCCAGCUUGAGGAUUCGAUACUCAAUACUCCGGACUUCAAACUUAAUGAUUCUCAGAAAAAGAUGUAUGUCGCCCAACGUACUCGAGCGAUUUUCAACAUAAUUGCCCGACCGCCGCUCCUCCACUCUCCCAGUUUUGGCAUUGAACUCCCUUUUACACCAAAAGGCUCAAAAGCGAAUGAAUUAGCGAAGGCCAACGGCGAAAUAAGAGAUCUUGCCUGUUCUGAUGCAUGUUUCCUGUCUAUUGACGGCCUGCUAGACGGAAUAUUUGUCGCCCGAAACGCCAUCGAGUAUUUGUACGACGAAUGUUCUUCCGCCCAUGAAGGCUCAGAUAAGGACGAUGUCAAGACCGCAACUCUAAGUGUACUGGACUACUUCCUUGGACGAGUGAAUCCUAUACUUAAAAAACUUGGGACCCUUCGUGUCGGUCUCAAGGAUUUCCGCAUGGGAGAAAUUAUCGGCCGUGGAGCCUGUGGUGUCGUCCGUGUGGUUAAGGAGCUUGCGCCGCCACACUCCGUCUUCGCUAUGAAAUCCCAAUUCAAAGGCACUUGGCUUUAUCAUGAUCCUAUCCUUACAAUGUCACAAGAAAUUUACGUCUAUUCAUCCCUGGUGGCCAGUGAGUCACUUCUUGUUGGCUAA